CACUUCGAAGUGCGCACGUGGUAUUGAUGUUGCUAGCAGCCGACGUUUUUGUUAUCAUUCUGUCAGAAAAUUAACUGUGGAUUCCUGUCUCUACAGGUUUUGGUGACUUUAUCUGCCUUUGUUGUGACUUCCAUCGAUACACCUGCAGACGUAUAGAAUGGCCUACAUUGUACAGUCUGAUGUAAGCUUGGACUCCAAAAGUGCUGUAGAGACAUUGCUGCAGAUCCCCCUGGACAUGAUCAAGCAAGACAUGGUUAGCUGCUAUUGUAACCAUGGUCACGAUCCUGAAAACUCCAAUGCGAACUCCAGCUCAACAUUUUCGAAAGAGGAAAUGUUGUUGGAGAAGGUCAAGAUUUCUGAUGAGGCAGUGAAGAGUGGAAGUUGCGAAAACGAUGUGGCAGAAAGUUCUCCAGUCUACACAGAUUUCAUGAAGAAAGAAAAAGACAAGGAAAUUAAAGGUGUAACUAAGAAAGAAACUUUGAAUUUGGAGAACAUGUCCUCAUACUGGGACAUGAACUCAGAUGAAUCAAGCAUUGACAAUGUCAAGGCAUAUAUUGUAGGAGGUGGCUUUAUGGAGUUGUCUCCCCUGAUUGAUCUGAAAGAGAGAGCUACAGUGGUGACUUACAAACAAGAGUUUCCGGAAGUGGAAAUCAAGAUGGCCUUGAGACCUCACAAAAUCACAGGGGUUUUCUCCCACAGCAGCAUCGUAGAUAGAGCUGCCAUUAGUCCUGGGAUGGCAGACGGAGUGGACUUGACCAUAGACCGUUCUGCAGAGACUAAAUCAUUCCUUGUACUGAGGCCUGAAAAUAAAUACAAAACCAGUGGCACAAAAGCAGGGUUGUCUUCAAGGUUGAAAGUCGAAAAAGUUUCAAAGCUCAGCAGGAAAAAAUUUGCACAACCUGUCCAAAAAGUCUCACUGUGGCACACCAAUAAGGGGAAAGCUUUUGAGAAGUACAUGUGUAUCAGAGGUUGUGACAUGAAACCAAGACAUUCACGCCGACAAAAGCUCGGGAUUAAUUUCAGGGAGAAGAUGAUAUCUGUAAACCGUGGCAUAUACACAUGCCUGAAGAUAAAAAACAAUACAGGAGAGGUGAGCAAUGAUGCUGCACAAGUCAGAGCAGGAGUCGACAAGGCUGUGGUAAGACUGGAAGCUUGUGCCACUUGUUCUUGUAAAAAGGGGAAAUGGAGGAAGUGUCGCUGCUCAGAGAUUAUAAAGUUGAGUCCUUCCUCACUGGGGCUUGACAGAAGUACAGCUGGUGAGAUUAGUGGAUGUGAUCAAAUGCAUCGAGAAGCUGAGACAAGCUCAGACCAAUGUACACAAGGUGUCAAGAAUGUGUCGUCCAACACUGGCCGAAUACGUCGGAAGAAGUCUGGUCAGGGAGAAUGUGAAUCUCCAGGGAGACUUAUUGAGGAUUCUGCAGUCAAAACAGUUCAGAAAGGGAUUCGUCGUAGACUUAAACAUACAUGUAAGCAUAUUGAAGUAAAAUCUGGUAAAGCAUUUCUGAUGGAAAAAUACAGCUUUGUGCAGAAGGAGGAGUUGAUAAGGGCGGAGACGAAUGAUGUCACGGUGAUGAACAGACGCUGUUGUCUGACGGUCGAAAUCUGCCAUCGUUCUGACCUGUCCACUGCCAAGGUGGAGACACACAUGUGUGCCAGGUGCAGGAAGUGUUUCACGGAUGCAAGGAGUUUAAAGAACCACUUGCGCACACACACAGGUGACCUGCCGGUUGGGUGCGAGCUGUGCGACAAGCGCUUCACUUGCGUAUCAGCACUGAAUCGUCACAGGAAGAAGCAUUUGGAUGCAAACAGCUACACCUGCAUGGAAUGCGGAAAGAACUUCAGGCUGCGAGCAUCUUUACAGAGGCACCAGGUUGUGCACUCAGGUGUGAGACGCUUCACCUGUCAGGUGUGUCAGAAAAAGUUCAUGUGGCCGGCGUGCUUGAGCCGUCACGCAACAGUGCACACCAGAGAAAGGCCCUUCCGGUGUGAGGUAUGUCAAAAAAGCUUUGGGUACUUAUCCACCUUACAUAGGCAUCGCUUUACGCACACUGGAAUUAAACCAUUUUCCUGUCCGCUCUGCCACAGGAGAUUUACCCGCAUGGGUGCCGUAAAAAGACAUCUAAACCGUACAUGUAAGGUACAGAGAUUGGACAAACACGAAGACUAUGUGUAUACACGAAAUUGACACUCAUGAACUGUAUGUGAAGAGUACAGGGAAUUGACACUCGCAAACUGUAUUUGCAAGGUAUAUGGGAUUGACAAACACAAACUGUGCAUAAACUAUACAGGGAAUUGACACUCGCGAACUGUAAGUGCAGGGUAUAGGGGAUUGACAAACACAAACUGUACGUGAAGUGUAGAGGGAAUUGACACUCGCGAACUGUAUUUGCAAGGUAUAUGGGAUUGACAAACACAAACUGUACAUGAAGUGUACAGGGAAUUGACACUCGCGGACUGUAUUUGCAAGGAAUAUGGGAUUGACAGACACAAACUGUACAUGAAGUGUACAGGGAAUUGACACUCGCGAACUGUAUUUGCAAGGUAUAUGGGAUUGACAAACACAAACUGUACGUGAAGUGUAGAGGGAAUUGACACUCGCGAACUGUAAGUGCAGGGUAUAGGGGAUUGACAAACACAAACUGUACGUGACGAGUACAGGGAAUUGACACUCGCGAACUGUAUGUGCAAGGUAUAGGGGAUUGACAAACACAAACUGUACUUGAAGAGCAAUAAUGUCAUAUACAUGUACAGCAAUAGUCUGAUGUGUCAUAAUGUCCUAUACAUGUACAGCAAUAG